UUUAGAGUUCCGCGGCAAAACUGAAACGUUUGCUUAAUCGCGUAUGUUAUUUGAAAUAAAUUGUCAGUUAAACUUUUCAUUGAAUACAUUUUUUUUAUUAGAUGAAUAUUGUGAUUAAUAAUUUGUGCAUGGAGGGUUUGAAAUGUCUCAGCACGGGGCUGCUUUACAAGCGUAUAAUCAAGAACUUGUAAAAUGUUUAGAGGAAAUGAAAACGAAACGUUCUGAGUUGCAAGCACAGAUUGAGUCACAAGAGGAAGAGAAAAACAAUUUACAAAGAGAAAUUGAGAAGCUAUCUCAUAAAUUAACACGAUUGAAUGACACCUUAUCUAAAAGAAUAGUUGUUAGAAAUGAGUACGACAGAACCAUUUCAGAUACAGAAACAGCAUAUAUAAAGAUUUUGGAAAGCUCACAACUUUUAUUAAAUAUGCUCAAAAGGGAGUCUACAAAUUUAGAUCAAACAUUAGUUAAGGCAAACAUGGAAAAACAACAAUACCGAUCAUGAGGGUGCAAUAAUAAAUAUGUGGUAUUAAGAAA